UGUUGAGCUUCAAUACAGAGAGAGAGAGCGUUUCAUCACUCAUCAGUGUUUGAGAUAGAGAUAGCGGUUUGUGGGCUCUAUGGAUCCCGAUGCCUUCUCGGCGAGUCUGUUCAAAUGGGACCCAAGAGGGGCGACUGCACCAUCCCAACGGUUGCUGGAAGCGGUGGCUGCAACUCCGACGACGUACGUCACAAGCACAAGGCCGCCAAGGGAUAUAGGAGGACUAGACGUGUUGUUCCAGGCAUACGGCGUCCGAUACUACACGGCAGCGAAGAUAGCGGAGCUAGGGUUCACGGUGAGCACACUGGUAGACAUGAAAGAGGAAGAGCUGGACGAGAUGAUGAGCAGCCUCUCACAGAUCUUCCGGUGGGACCUCCUUGUUGGUGAGAGGUAUGGCAUUAAGGCAGCCGUCAGGGCCGAGCGUCGACGCCUCUUAGUCGAAGAUGAAGAAUCUCGGCAGCGUCGCCACCACUUCCUCCUCCCACCCGACGCUACCAACGUCGCUCUCGAUGCACUCUCGCAGGAAGGAUUGUCGGAGGAGCCAGUGCAACAAGAGAAGGAGGCUAUGGGGAGUGGUGGAGGAGGAGGAGGAGGAGGAGUUACAUCAGCGUGGGAGGCAGCGGAGAAGAAGAAGAAGCAGCGACGAAAAAAGAAGGUGACGUGGACGAAGAGCACUUGCACUACUGGGGAUGAAGAAGAAGAUGGGGAAGAGGAGGGCGACGGUGGGGAAUAUGAGGAGGAGGAGAAAGGCAGAGUAGAGAGGCAACGGGAGCACCCGUUCAUCGUGACAGAACCAGGAGAGGUGGCACGGGGGAAGAAGAACGGCAUCGAUUAUCUCUUCCAUCUAUACGAACAGUGCCGUGAUUUCUUGAUCCAUGUUCAGAACAUCUCCAGGGAACGUGGCGAGAAAUGCCCUACCAAGGUGACGAACCAGGUGUUCAGAUAUGCGAAGAAGGCAGGAGCAACCUACAUCAACAAGCCGAAAAUGAGGCACUACGUGCACUGCUACGCAUUGCAUUGCCUGGACGAAGAGGCAUCGAACGCACUGAGGAGAGCAUUCAAGGAGAAAGGAGAGAAUGUGGGAGCCUGGAGGCAAGCUUGCUAUCAACCCCUCGUCGCCAUGGCAGCCCGUCAUGGUUGGGAUAUCGACUCCAUCUUCAACUCUCACCCUCGCCUCUCCAUCUGGUACGUCCCCACCAAGCUUCGUCAGCUCUGCCAUGCUGACCGCAAUAUUGCCACUGCCACCGCUACCUCUGCUGCUGCUGCUCUUGCUGGGGCUACCCCCACCUGUACUGCUCACCACCCUUCCUUCUAGUUCUAAUCAUCAAUCAAG